AUGGCUGCUGCUGGAGGUGCUGGAGGUGGAACAGGACGCGGCAUCAAGACCGGGCCUGUCUCCCAGGCCCCCGGUGGCAGCGACCGCAAACUCCUGGAGAAGGCGUUAAAAAGACUAGGUAAACUACAUGGGCUCUGCACCGACCCACGGCUGGGCCUAAAGAACAGCCCUCCCUACCUGCCUGAGAUCAUCACGGAGACAGCCAACCUGCUGACAGAAGUCUGGGGACCCUACAGAGGCCUGACCGUACCCACGCCACGAGCCGACGAAGGGGAGUACCUCAAGAUCCAUAUCCGACACCUCCUGGAUAAGACGGACAGGGCAAUUUUGCUUUUUAAGGAGGGGAGGGAGAAGGUGUUUGAGGAGACGUCUAGCUACAGGAGGAACCUCACUAAGUUGUCCUUGCUGUUCAGUCACAUGCUAUGGGAACUAAAGACCAUGUUUCCAGGGGGAAAAUUUCAGGGGAACACCUAUAGACUUACCAAGACAGAGGCUAUGGAGUUUUGGAGAAGAGCAUUUGGACAUAACUGUAUAGUGCACUGGAGUACUUUUAAGCAGCAUUUGAAGAGGGUCCACAACUUUGAAGAAGGAAUGGAAGCUAUGGCCCUGAAAUCCACAAUAGACCUCACCUGUAAUGACCAUAUCUCCAUAUUUGAGUUUGAUAUUUUCACGCGCCUUUUUCAGCCCUGGUCAUCUCUGCUGAGGAACUGGAACCAGUUGGCUGUGACUCACCCCGGUUACAUGGCCUUUCUCACCUACGACCAGGUCAGGGCACGACUGGAACACUACCGCCAUCGACCGGGCAGCUACAUAUUUCGUCUGAGUUGUACUAGAAUGGGCCAGUGGGCCAUUGGUCACGUGACCAGCGAUGGAAACAUUGUGCAAACAAUCCCCCAGAAUAUACCUCUUUACCAGGCACUCAUUCAGGGCUUCAGAGAGGGCUGCUAUAUAUACCCAGACGGACGUGAUGUCAACCCAGACCUGACUAGCCUGUGUGAACCAGCACAGAGAGGCAAAGUCAGGGUCACGGAGGAACAGUAUGAGUUGUACUGUGAGAUUGGCAGCACGUUCCAGCUGUGUAAAAUCUGCACAGAGAGAGACAAGGACACUCGCAUCCAGCCUUGCGGGCACCUCCUCUGUCAGCCGUGUCUCAGUGGGUGGCAGAAAUCGGACGGACACACCUGCCCUUACUGUCGCUGUGACAUCAGAGGCACAGAGUCCAUCCUGAUCGAGCCAUACCUGCCCGCCAGGGAAAGAAGAGCGGGAAAGAGGGAGGAAGACGAAGAUGAGGAGGAGGAUGAGGACCACGUAGAUGUGGCGCAAGUGAUGGAAAAAUUGGCCACCAUGAAAAAGAUGUCGUCCGAAGAGUACCAGACCCCCAGUUCCAACCUUGCUCCACCCCCGUUACCCCCAAAACACGGCGCCGCUUCCCCCUGUCCCUCCCCCCGACCCCGUCUAAAACAUUCGGUAUCGGACAUGUUGGCUUCAUACCCUCAGUCUAACCUUGGAGAGUACCUUGGGAAGGGACCUCGAACUCACUCACGAAAAAGAAGAACGAGAGGAGAGAGGAGCAAAGGGAAGAAGACUUCAUCCCUCAGAGAGGAAGGCGCAGCCAGAGAGAAACAGAGAGAAACUCGUUGUCCUGAUAUAACGGCGGCAUCACCAUGA